AGACCCUUUCUUUUGAGACAGAGGUCUUGACGCCGAGUACAUUCGGGGAGGGAGGGUUAGAGAGAGAUGUCGUCUCUAGGGACGUCGAAGGGGAUGCUCGAGAUAGCCAAGUUCGCGGCGUACGUAGCCGUUCCCAUCGCCGUCGUCUGCGCCGUCGCCGCCGACUCCUCCAGAACCCUGCACAAGUUCUUGGGAUUCCGCCCAUAUGUGGUCUACCCUCCUGAGGGUCCUCGUCCUCCAUCUCUAGAGGAGCUCCAAGAGAUGGCUCGCAAUAAAAAUCUCCGUUGAUCGAACACUUCUUCAAGUAGCAUGAUAAUGAUAAGCAUCAUAUACUAUAUUUCCUGUUGAAGCUGAAGGAAGCUGCAGGGAUCAGCCUUAUUCUGUGUGAUGGUGUUCCAGUGGUGUUUGAUCCAAGAGCUUAUGCAGUGCAACUGUUUUUUGGAAGGUGUGUUCAUGCAGCUUGAAUUGCCUUGCUGUCUUUCUCAAGUUAUUUUCAUGUGAGCAGAUGUGCAAUGAUAUAAAUGUACGACAUGUGCGAUUGAUAUAUGUUAAAACCUAAUCAUUUGCUUAUACUGGUCAAAAUUCUGCUGAGAUACUGAUUUCUUCAACAUCAGGCUGCAAGAGAUCCACGGGAUUGGCUUGAUAAAAACUUGUUUGAUCUUGGCCUAUAAAGACAUAGAAAAAAUGCUGAGCUCAGGGUUAGAACUUGCCUGAAAUUCAUGACCCGAGCCUGGCUUGAACAUGAGUGGAACUUGGCUCAGAACUCGCAGGAGCUGAGCUUGAACAGCUUAUGUUAGUCUUGGCUUGAUCUCGUGCUGAGCUUGAGAAGCACUUUAAUAGUUUUAUGUACGGAGCCCAAGCAGCCUAAAACACUAGCUUAGAUUGGUUUGCACCUUGCUUCAACAUCCAUACUAUUUUAUAUU